AAAGAAAUGUUGAAAAUGUCAAUUCUCAGUUCAUUUUUGUGUUUAACACAGGUCACCUACAAAGCUCCCAUUCCUACAGGGGAAGUGUAUUUUGCUGAUUCCUUUGACAGAGGAACUUUGUCGGGGUGGGUUUUAUCCAAAGCCAAGAAAGAUGACACUGAUGAUGAAAUUGCCAAAUAUGACGGAAAAUGGGAGGUAGAUGAAAUGAAGGACACUAAGCUUCCAGGUGAUAAAGGACUUGUAUUGAUGUCUCGGGCCAAGCAUCAUGCCAUCUCCGCUAAACUGAACAAGCCCUUCCUGUUUGAUACCAAGCCUCUCAUUGUUCAGUAUGAGGUUAAUUUCCAAAAUGGAAUAGAAUGUGGUGGUGCGUAUGUGAAACUGCUUUCCAAAACCCCAGAACUCAACCUGGACCAGUUCCAUGACAAGACGCCUUAUACGAUCAUGUUUGGUCCAGAUAAAUGUGGAGAGGACUAUAAGUUGCACUUCAUCUUCCGCCACAAAAACCCCAAAACGGGCGUAUAUGAAGAAAAGCACGCUAAAAGGCCAGAUGCAGAUCUGAAGACCUAUUUUACUGAUAAGAAAACACAUCUUUAUACUUUAAUCUUGAAUCCAGAUAAUAGCUUUGAAAUAUUAGUGGACCAAUCUCUUGUGAACAGUGGAAAUCUACUAAAUGACAUGACUCCUCCUGUAAAUCCUUCACGUGAAAUUGAGGACCCAGAAGACCGGAAGCCUGAGGAUUGGGAUGAAAGACCAAAAAUACCAGAUCCUGAUGCUGUCAAACCAGAUGACUGGGAUGAAGAUGCCCCUGCUAAGAUUCCCGAUGAGGAAGCCACCAAGCCUGGUGGCUGGUUGGAUGAUGAGCCCGAAUAUGUAGCUGACCCAGAUGCAGAGAAGCCAGAGGAUUGGGAUGAAGAUAUGGAUGGAGAAUGGGAGGCCCCUCAGAUUGCCAAUCCUAAGUGUGAGUCGGCCGCUGGGUGUGGUGUCUGGCAGCGACCUAUGAUUGACAACCCUAAUUAUAAGGGCAAAUGGAAGCCCCCCAUGAUUGACAAUCCUAACUACCAGGGAAUCUGGAAGCCCCGGAAAAUACCAAAUCCAGAUUUCUUUGAAGAUGUGGAACCUUUCAAAAUGACUCCUUUUAGUGCUGUUGGUUUGGAACUGUGGUCCAUGACCUCAGACAUUUUUUUUGACAACUUUAUUAUUUGUGGCGAUCGAAGAGUAGUUGAUGAUUGGGCCCGUGAUGGAUGGGGUCUGAAGAAAGCUGCCGAUGGGGCUGCCGAGCCAGGUGUAGUGGGGCAGAUGCUCGAGGCGGCCGAGGAGCGCCCCUGGCUCUGGGUGGUCUACAUUUUGACAGUAGCGCUGCCUGUGUUUCUCGUUAUCCUCUUCUGCUGUUCUGGAAAGAAACAGUCCAGUCCUGUGGAGUACAAGAAGACAGAUGCUCCUCAGCCAGAUGUGAAGGAGGAAGAAGAGGAGAAGGAUGAGGAAAAGGACAAGGGAGACGAGGAGGAAGAAGGGGAAGAGAAACUUGAAGAGAAACAAAAAAGUGAUGCUGAAGAAGAUGGUGGCACUGUCAGUCAAGAGGAGGAAGAUAGGAAACCUAAAGCAGAGGAGGAUGAAAUUUUGAACAGAUCACCAAGAAACAGAAAACCGCGAAGAGAGUGAAACUAUCUUAAGAACUUGAUCUGUGAUCUCCUCCCCCCUCUUCCCCUGCAAGUGUGGUCUUAGGAGAGGACUUGACACACCUUAGGUUGAAACUCAGAGAACUUCCAGACGUCACCUUCAACAGGUUCCAGUCAAACACUAGCCCGUGUAAUUUAAAACAUCUAGCAGUAAAUAAUUGCAGUUGUGACAUAAAGGACCCUGUUUCUAUAGAAAGAAAGCAUUUAGCAUAAUGGUUGUGAAAUGUAACAUGAAGCAACUAACUUGUAUUGUUUUGUUUUGUUUUGUUUUUAAACAUAUUUGUUUUUUAAAGUAGAGUGAUAGAACUUUGCCAGCCUUCAAAAUCUUGGCUUAAUUUAAUAUAUUAAUCUGUCCCUGCAGAAAUAACACCAACCUGUAGAAAUGCUAGGGGGAUGAAUUGCAGUUUUUGUAACCCAUUUCGUUUAAGUUUGGUAUUAGAAAACAUUCAAGUGUCUCUGUCCCUUAAGAUUGAUAAUCAUGUUUAAAGUGCAGUCACUUGUGGUUAUAAUUUUGUGUUGCUUGCUUCCAUGACUCAAUUCCUCCUAAGGAAAUUGAGGAGAGGGAUUGGAUGGAAGCCCAAAUUUAUAUAAAGGUUCUGUUUAAAUUGUAUUAAAAAUAGACAUAAAAAGAAGAAAACUUUUCACUUGAUGUUGGUUAGACCUUAAGUGUGUGUGUGUUUUAUUGCCCUUGAAAUAGCUCAAAUUCCCAGACAGUUUUGCAGUUAGUGGAGGAGGUGGCAUAAUAUGGCACUUGGGCCUUAAUAUUCCACAUUGGGAGUGUCUGGGCUCUGGCCUUCUCGAGCUGGUGGCUUCUUAAGGACUGCUACCAGGACAUGUGAGAUCCAGAGUAGACGCAGAUGUUUUCAUCACAUCUUCCACUGUUUUGACACUGUUUUCCUUCCCUUUUCCCCCAAAAUCCCAGCUUUCUCUACUACGCAUUUCUUCACGGCGCAGCUUGCAGUCCAUUGCUGAAAAUGAUUAUAAGCUUUGCAUAGUGUUCAGCUUUAUUGUGAUUGCGUGUAUGUUUCUUCUUGCUUUUUUAAGCAGGCCCAUACCUUUCCAGGGUCAAAGUACAGGACAGAAUACAAUCUUUCACUUUUAUCCAUUUCUUUUACUCUGUGUAAAGACUUUAGAAGUCUAAUCCAGAGGAGGGCCAAUUCAGAAUUGACUGUAAUUGAACACAGGCUAAAAGUAUUGAUGGGAGGAUUGACAUAGAGCAUGAGUUACCUGAUUUGUGUAGCUGCUAAACUUUUUUUUUUCAUUUGCAGUUCAUGUGACAGUUGUGUCUUAAAUUACAUGACAGAACAGUCCAGUUCAAAAAAAAAAUUUUUUUUAGUAUGUGGCUUGUAGAAUUUUUUAAAAAGUGGUGUUAGGUUUGUUUUUUCAUAUGGAAUGCAGAUGGGUGCUAUCAGAGCUUCUCCCCCAUCACAGUAGUGUAAAGUAUAUUCAGAAUUAGAUCUUUUAUAGCUUUAUUCUUUCUUCAGAGGUGUUUCAAAUGUACCGAUGAUACUGUUCCUUGCACUGAAUAUAUAAACACUCCACAAAGUGUUUAUAUUGGGGAGAUAUUGGGGAGGAAGUAUAUUUGUAAAAGAUGAAGGCUGUAUCUGUUUAUUUUGUUUAUCUUCAAUUUUUUACUGGUUCACUUAAAUUCUUAUGAGGGUGGGAUGUGUUUUUCUUGCUGUUCAGUACUUUCUUCUUUUCAUCUGUUGUUCUUUGGUCACAGUGACCUUAGCUAUGUAGCAGACUUUCCCAAAUGUAUUGAGUGCAAAUAAACAGUUACUUAGCAAGACCUGAAAAUAUGUCUGCAGGUUUCUCCUUGGAGCAAAUGUGUGGGAUCAUUGCAUUUCCAGAAAUCAUCCCUCUUCACUCUGUUGAUAAUUCAUUUUCCACACUUAACAAUUUCUUCCAACUGAGCUGUGGAAUGACAAGUGUAAAUCACUGGAGUGUUCAUUUUCCUGUCCAGGGUUAUUUAGCAUUUUGUCAAAAACAAAAGUUUUUUCUUGGUUCACUUUUUUGUUUUUUGUUGAAGGUACAGUCUCCUGAUUAAAUGUCUGACAUAUUAAUGAAUGACCAGCAACUCUUUUCAGCUCUCUUUAAAAGGCACUUACAUUGAUUUUACAUGCUGGUUAUCUGUCCUGUUGUGAAAUGCCCACUCCAUCAGAUGUGUUCCUCAGUUUCUCCUGUCCACAAAAUACUUGCUACUUUUCUCAAAUUGUCACGUUAUUAAAUGGUGUUACAUUAAAGCCCUGUGUUAAGCAUC